AUGCAAAACUACGGCAGCACCUUCAGUACCGACACGUACGGCCCAAGGGAAGGCUUUGAGAGCGGUACCGUUAGCCCUCACAGUCUGCUCGAUGAACCUCUCGGUUCUGGCAGUAACAUGAGCACGACUCGAUGGCUAGCCAAGCAGCAUGGUGUCAAGAGUGAGCGGGCCAUGUAUCUUCAGUACUAUCUCCCCGUGACCAACUGGAUCCGCCAGUACCAGUGGAAGUUCUUGCGCGGUGACUUGAUUGCUGCUUUGACAAUGGCAUCCUUCUAUAUUCCCAUGUCGCUGUCCUAUGCCUCGAAUUUGGCCCAUCUGCCACCUAUCAAUGGUCUCUACGCAUUUGUCUUCAAUCCAUUCAUCUACGCUAUCUUCGGUACCGUACCGCAACUGGUUGUUGGUCCUGAAGCUGCUGGCUCUCUCCUUACUGGCCAAGUUGUGCGUGAGAACAUCAGUUCCGGAAAGCACAGAGACAAUGACUUUGCGAGUAACACUCAAAUCGCUGGCAUGGUCACUGGAAUUUCCGGAGCUAUCAUUUUACUUGCUGGUCUCUGCAGAUUGGGCUUCCUAGACAGCGUUCUCAGCCGACCUUUCCUUCGAGGCUUCAUCAGCGCCAUUGGUGUGGUCAUUUUCGUCGAUCAGCUCCUGCCCGAGACUGGAAUGACUGCACUUCUUGAACACGACCCUAACGGCGCUGCACACGGCAGCUCACUGACAAAGAUCAUCUAUCUUAUCAAGAACGCAGACAAGGCACACAAAUUGACUUGCGCUGUGUCAUUUGGUGCUUUUGCGAUCGUUAUGUUCUUCAGACAGCUGAAGAGAAGCCUACAGCCCCGAUAUCCCUCAGUUGCCUACUUCCCUGAUCGCUUCCUGGUCGUCGUCUUCUCUGCCCUGUUCACCUGGAAAUUUUCAUGGGACAAGCAAGGUCUUGACAUCUUGGGUGACUUGAAGACUACAGGCAAACCCUUCCAAGUGCAUUUCCCAUUCCAGCCGUCAAUGAUGGAGCACGUCACGGAUGCCUUCUCAACGUCUUUUCUCAUUGCUCUGCUCGGCUUUUUCGAAAGCAGUGUCGCAGCCAAGAGUCUUGCGAACAGUACAGCAAAGAUCGAGAAAAAGGUCGACAAGGACGGUAACGAGUACGAAGAAGCUGACGGCAUCGUCAACAUGAACGUCUCCGCUAACCGCGAGUUGGUCGCUCUGGGUGUUGCAAACAUUCUUGGAGGCCUGUUCAUGGGUAUCCCUGCCUUUGGUGGCUAUGGAAGAAGUUUGGUGAAUAAGAGCACUGGCGGCAAAACGCCUAUGAGCAGUGUCUUCUUGUCUCUAAUCACCAUCUUCUGCAUUCUGUUCCUGCUGCCAUACUUUUACUAUAUCCCUAAAGGCGUACUCGCUGCCAUGAUCUCCGUGGUAGCCUACUCACUCAUCGAAGAAGCGCCCCACGACAUCCACUUCUUCUGGUCCAUCAAAGGCUGGAACGAAAUUUCCCUCAUGCUACUCAUCUUCCUAACAACCUUCUUCUGGAACCUCCGCAUCGGCAUCGCCGUCGGUAUCGGCCUUUCGCUCUUGCGUCUCCUCAAGCAUGCCACUCGCCCACGCAUUCAGAUUCUUGGCCGCGUUCCUGGCACCCGCAACCAAUUCGACAGCGCUGAACACGGUGGUCUGGAAUUCAUCCCUUACGUUCUCAUCGUCAAGAUUCCUGAGCCAUUGACCUUUGCCAAUACUGGAAGCUUGAAAGAUCGCUUGAGACGUCUGGAGGCUCAUGGCACUAGUGCUGCCCACCCAGCUCUUCCACGCGUGCGCCACCACCAGCAUAAUCGCAAUGUGGUCUUUGACGUCCACGGCGUGACAUCCCUGGACCCAGCAGCCGCGCAAGUGCUCCUUGAAAUUGUGACUGGAUAUCGCGAACGCGGCACUAGAGUCUUCUUCUGCAGGGUCCCCAGUGGCAGAUCACAGGUGUGGAAGCUAAUGCUUGCGAGUGGAAUCGUCGAGGUCUGUGGUGGCGAAUCGCAUUUCUUGAGGGGUGUUGAGCAAGCGCUUGAGAUGGCUGAUCACGAAGAAAGAGCCGACAGUCUGAGAGAGGAUGGUUCCAGUUUUGUUGAAGAGGCUAGGGCGGCGACUACCUAA